AGAAGACGGACGAAGCCGUGGACAGAGGUGUCUUUCUCUGCGGCCCCACAGAUGCCCCCCUGGCCGCAAGCCUUCAAUCAGACGAGCCUGCUCAGCACCAUCAAAUCUGCAGUCAACCAUCCACACACGCAGGUUUGGGACACAUCGCGGCUCUUCCUUCCAGGAGUAGACAGAGAGGUUGAUCCACCGCCACUGCCAAAGGAACCACUUCCACCAGAUGUAAUGCCAGAUGAUCCAAAUCCACCAGACUCACAGGAGCCACAAGCUGCAUCAGCACCGGCGGCCUCCUUCCACCUAGGGAAAAAAGGAGAUGUAAGAGCAACAGUUGCAGCAGGAACGGGAUGUCUCAGCUCGAAAGGCACAUCUGGUUGGACCUCGGGCUUGGGAUCUUCAGGGUACGUCCAGCAUCUGGUGUUCUUCACGAAUCACUCUGUGCUGUGAGGCCAUGACAAUGAAGUCGAUUUGUGGUUGUCUUCUGGCAGUGGCCCUACUUGGCUGUCUGGCUGAAGCUCAAUACUCUAAGAAGCCUCAGCAGCCCCAACUGCCCAAUAUUCCGAAAUACCAGCCACCACAGCAGCGUCAGAGGCCACAUACUCCGUCCAAAAAGGUUGUGGAUCCAAUGCCUCAGCAACCUGGGCUGCCACAGGUGCCAAAGCAGCCUACACCAGUAUUUCACACUUGUGAAGUGGAGGAGAUCUACAAGAUACAAUGUGGGGCUCCUAGCAUCUCUGCUUCAGAGUGUGAUGCUAUAAACUGCUGCUUUGAUGGACGCAUGUGCUAUUAUGGCAAAUCUGUGACUCUUCAGUGCACCAAGGAUGCCCAGUUCAUUGUGGUGGUGGCUAGAGACGCCACCCUACCCAACAUCGACUUGGAAACCAUUAGUUUCAUGGAAAAUGAUCAAAGCUGCAAUCCUGUUGGUACCACUUCAGCUUUUGCCAUCUACCAGUUCCCUGUCACUGCCUGCGGCACUGUUAUGAUGGAGGGGCCUGGUGUUAUAAUCUAUGAGAACAGGAUGUCCUCCGCAUAUGAAGUCGCUAUUGGACCCUUCGGAGGAAUUACCAGGGACAGCAGCUAUGAGCUAAUUAUCCAGUGUAAAUAUGUUGGCACCUCGGUUGAGGCUCUGGUCGUUGAGGUUGGCCUGGUUCCCCCACCGCCCCCAGUUGCUGCUCCUGGACCACUGCGUGUGGAGCUCAGGCUGGCCAAUGGACAGUGUGCUGCCAAGGGCUGUGUGGAAGAGAUGGUGGCCUACAGCUCCUUUUUCAGGGAGACUGACUACCCUGUCACAAAGGUGCUCAGGGAUCCUGUGUACGUUGAGGUCCGAAUGCUAGAGAGGACUGAUCCCAACCUUGUCUUGACUCUUGGAAGAUGUUGGGCAACUUGUGACCCCUACCCUCACAGUCUUCCUCAAUGGGACUUGCUGAUUGAGGGCUGCCCCUAUCGUGAUGACCGUUACCUGACCAGCCUAGUCCCAAUGGAUGCCUCAUCAGGACUCAUGUACCCGACCCACCACAGGCGUUUUAUUUUCAAGAUGUUCACUUUUGUAGCUACUGCAGCUGUCAAUCCUGCCAAUCCUGCCAAGGGAGGGGCUGCAGAUCCAGAGAUUAUGGUUCCUGUCAGGGAAAAGAUAUAUAUCCACUGUGAUGCAGCUGUGUGCCAACCCUCUCUUGGAAAUAGCUGUGAACCUAGAUGCUUCAGAAAGAGGAGAGACAUUGCUGCUUCUGUCCAGAGAGGCUACAGACCUGAGACCACUGUGGUUAGCAGUGAUGAGAUUAUCAUCACUGACCUACAUACUCAGUGACAACAUUCAGACAAAACUUCAUGCCAUGGAAUCUCUGCUGCCCAUGGUUUCAAAUAAAUCUUCUCAAGUUG